GUGAGUAUUUCGAGUUCAUCUUGUGAUUUCCAAAUUAUGCGUUCGUCAAAAUCGUCCGGCUUCAAGAAUGCAGUUUUCGUCAAGAACUACGUUGAAUUUCUGGUCAUAGUUAAUACUUUUAGUUUGCGCAUUUCUUUGCUGCAUAUUGAAAAUCCAGGUUCGCUUUGACGACCCCCAUUUUUUAGUACGUCUCUCCCCGUGCCUCGUUGCGUGUAGACACGAUAGAUUCUACUCUACUCCUUCUAUAGCUUCAGGCGGAAGUAGUACGGCGAGGAUUGAUACAUAGCAAUUUUUUUACCACUACAUCUACCUCUUCCAAAAAUAUGACAAUCAACAUGGCAUGUCCUCUCCAGAUUGGUGCGUCCGGCGCACUGAUUAAUCAGGACUGGAGUUUCCAUCUUCCUCCAUCAGGGCUGUAAGUUUUUUUUUGCCGCGCAAGAACGACAACAGACGGCAACGGGCAAGAGAAGAAUCGCUGUGGCGCGUGCUGCCACCGACCUCUCAGUUGGUCGUAAGUUGAUCGCGUCCAUCUCCAUCCUCGAAUAGACAGACACACCGGAAGAGAACGAAGCUGCACGGCAGUUUUUUUUAUACCCGUACUACUUCCUUUUUUGUCGCGAACCGGUCGGAAAAAUGGCGGCCUUAGUGCAGUCCGUGCUGAACAACAGCGGCAACCGCGGGGACACGGUAUUACAAUGAAAAAUGCCCCCCACUCCCAAACUUGGGAGCAUUUGUAUUGCAAACCUUUGCAAAUGAAACACUCGCCCUCUUCCAUGUACCAGCAUCACAGAUUUCCAAUCGUGAAGAGCAAAAAUUUGUAUUGCAAAAGAUCCCAGCAAGAGCGGCGCUCGUCAUGCAAGCGAUGCGAUAUACGCCAAGACUCUGCAUCGGAAAGAUUCAUACUCCUUUCAUGCAUGACAGAAAGUUUUCAUUUGGAAACUUCGCAGCACAAAUUCUUGCAACUUUGGGGGUGGGGGCAUUUUUCACUGUGAUACACGGCGGAGUUGGUUCCCACGGAAGCCGCGGACUACACAGCGAGCUUGACCCAGGUGAAGCAGAUGGCGAACGACUUGCUGACGGGGUACCAGGCGGACGGCUACAUGCGGGACAUGCAGAAGGAGUCCCUGCUGCAGCGGAAGAUGAAAGAGCUCGCCACCAGCAAGCAGAAGCGGGGCCAGGCGGACUACGUCUCCCGGACCGAGGGGAUCAAGGAGAUCGAGCUCAUUGAGUGGCUGCAAAAGGAGCUGGACGACGAGCAGGCCUGUCUCACCCUGCCCUGCUCGAUCGGCCUGGUGGUCAUCUUCUCGUUUCUCGUGCUCUGGCACUUCUCGGUGCCGCACCAGAUGGACAUCUCCGAGUCCAUGACCAACUGGGUCCAGGAAAACGCGAACUUCGCCAUCGAUGCGACGAGUAUAGCUUCUAUUUUGCUUUUUGUUUGGUUGCGUCAAAGAACGAUAAUAAAGCACGAGUAAGUGAACCGGUACGGUAUUAAUGUAGUAGGCUGUACCUGAUGUACCCAAAAUUUAAAUUGUAUGUAGACAAAGAACCUACACGAUUUUUGUGCGCCGAUGAAUGAAAUGUAGCAAGUGGUUACUGAAGAUAUUCAACAAAAUUCUUUCUCAACAGAUACCUGGGGCAUCAAGGGAUUCGUCGAUGUGCACAACCUCGGCGACUGGUACUCAUUUAUGCGGUUGGGUUUCGUGCCCCUGAUGCUGACCUCCGGCUACGUUUCUUCCGAGCAGGGCGCGCUUAAGCUGGGCGGCAUGGCCAACUAUUACAACUCGACCCUUGGCACGACCCCGGCCCCCCCGGUGAUCAAGUCGUCGGACCUGAUGCGGUUCAACCACAUUGCCACGGACGUGCGCAUCAACAUCCACCGGUCCAGCCCGGUGUGGCCGGGCAGCGACUGCACCGAGUACCUCCCCGCCGACAUUAUUUCCGGGUUUUCCACCACCGGUAACGUGGACACCAGCAUCGGCUGCUACAGCAGCCCGGACGCGUAUGGCGUGCACGCGCAGUUCCCGAUGAAGGACGUGUCGGAGCUCGCGCCCGUGGGGUCCUUCGACCUCGACGGCAGCAAGGAGACCAUCUACCUGCAGCUGGACCAGACGGCCGCGCAGCUGGAGCGGCAGCUGAAGAAGAUGGAGGAGGACUUCGUCAUCAAAGAGGACACGUACAAGAUAGAGGUCGACUUUGUGAACGUGAACCGCGCGUACGGCGCGAUCUCGAUGGUGACCAUGCACUUCAUUUUCUACCGCGGCGGCCAGAUCCGGAAGCAGAUGACGGUUACCAGCCAGUGGCUGACGGACUUUGGCCGCAUGUUCAACUUCGACGACAUGCAGUUCGUGCUGUUCGUGGACAUUUUCUGGGUGCUGAUGAACCUGUACAUUCUGUUUUCCGAAAUGAUGGACAUCCGCCGGCAGCUGAUCUACUGGGGCAACACGCACAAAUUCCUGUCGAACUACCUGGGGAUCUGGAACCUGGUCGACUGGUCCAUCAUGAUCAGUUCCGGGUUCGUGAUCGCGCGGUUUGUGUUGUUGAACGAAGCGGCGGACGACCUGGGCAAGUUGGUGAAGAACGGCGGGUUCGUGGAAUCCGCGCGGCGCGAGCAGCUGUACGACCGCGUGGAAACCAACAUGGCGCUGGUGGCGGACGCGCAGCUGCAGUCGAUCCUGUACAUUGUGAUCAGCAUGUGCCGCAUGUUCAAGGGCUUUUCCGCGCAGCCGCGCCUGGGCCUGGUCACCAACACGAUCUGGAAGGCGGCCAGCGACAUUCUGCACUUCAUGAUCGUCUUCGGCUCGGUGUUCGCGUCCUUCGCGGUCAUCGGCACCCUUCUGUUCGGGAAUUACGUGCACGAGUACAGUUCCGUCCAGCGCGCCAUCAUUUCGUGUUGGCGCAUGGUGGCCGGGGACUUUGACUACGGGCAGCUAAAGGAGGUAUCGUGGAGCGGCACGGCGGUUUACUUCACCUUCUUCCACCUCUUGAUCGUCUUGAUCAUGCUCAACAUGCUGCUGGCCAUCAUCCUCGAGACCUACCUGGAGGUGAAGCGCGACGAGACGGCGAAGGCGGAGACGCUGUUUUCGCAAGCGAUGGAGAGCUUCGGGCGGUACGUGCGGUCCAAGCGCCGCGAGCGGCUGCGAUUGGACGAGAUCCUGGACCGCAUGGUGGGGUCGGCCAACCGCCGGAUCCUGGUCCGCCGGGAGCUGGAACAGCGGCACGCGCUCGCCUUCGCGGCCCACCAAGAGACGCUCAAGGACGCACAUAAGAGCAAGGGCAACAGCACCAAAGCGGCCGUGGACAGCACGAAUGAGGUCUUUCCCUACACCUUCAUGUGGCGGAUGGUGGUGCGCGGGCCGUGCGAGUGCUACAUAAAUUCCGGCAACGAUUGCUCGCUGGAGGACCCGGACUUUUUCGUGCCGGGCCACAAAACCCUAGCCUUCAUCCGCACCGAGGGGCGCAUGAUAACGCCGAAGAAACUGAAACAGAUGAUCCCCGACAUCCCCCAGGGGCAGAGCGAGCGUGUCAUCCGCAGCGCAAUCCUAGACACAGACAACGCCACCGACAUCGUCAUCCCCAACGAGAUCGCUACGGAGGCCCUUUACACCAUGCUCAGCGACGACCACGCCGAGAUGGUCGAUAAGAUCGCGAACUUGGAAACCAAGGUGCUUACUGUUGCUCCUUUUAUUUGACACUUGCUUUAUCUUCAUCAUGUUAUCCGAACAAAUUGAUGUCGUAAGCACUUCAAUGAAUUUCCUUUCCCUCCGAAAACUUUUGUGAUUCGAUGACUUUAAUAGCGCAGUAGAUGUAGAACUAGCAGGGAAAGGAGCUGACGCGUUCUCAUGAAAAAUCCUCAUUUUAUCGUGAAAAAAAAAACAGAUCCACACCUUGGUAAAUGGGGACGAGACGGGCUCGAAUUCUGGCGCGCCGCCCCUGCCCCCACCGAUGCAGGGCGGGAACAAGAGAAUACCGGUUGCGGAGGGGGAAGCCACGCCCUUCUCACCACAGAGACAGUCAACGAGCAUAGUGCAACAGGGCCAGCAGCCACGGAUGAUGAACCAGAGGCAAGAGAUGCAGCUGCUCAGCGAGAAGGUAAAUCAACAGCAGGAACUGCUGGAGAGGCAGUCCGCACAAAUCACGGAGCUGACGGAGUUGUUGGUGCACCACGUGAUCCGACCGGCCGUGAUCGAGAACUCGCGAUCGGGUGGCAACGGGCGGGGGGUGCAAGUGCGCCCCUCCGGCGCGGGACGGUGCAGCGACAUGAUUUUCUGCGGGUCCAGUUCCAGCGCGAGCCGUCGGGCCAUCGACGACGAGGAAAUCAACAUCGCGGUGGCCUUGGCAACGAAAUUUGACAAGGCCGAUCUCGCAAACAUAAAGGGCAAGCAGUAGAAUGCGAUCGCGUGUGUUUUGUCGUGACUGGUGCAGAUGAUUUUGCGGCAUAGACGAUAUCUGAGCAGGUUUUGGAAACGAGAGUAAGUGUCUUGCUGAUAAUAUCUGCGGUGCGACUUUUUGAAAUUUUUGCCCUCCUCUUGCAACCACGUUAUUCUUGCGAUCCCCACAACCCCGUUGUUACUAAUUGUAUUUCGAUGUUUCCCACAUCCACCACCUAGAAAAUCGAAGAGGUUCCAGUUUGUUUUCUAGGCAAUAAUUCGUCCCCCUUGUAAGAAAGUGAUGUGUAAGCCGUGUUCCCAUUGCAGCAGAAGCAGUCGUGUCCUCCGUAUCGAAUUUGAAUCCCGUUCACACAAAUUCUUUACCACGACUAAUCUCUUCCUCAGGUUUUAACUUAUUCAAACAAGAAGUAUCAGGCUCGCUAGCUUUUUUUUUAUAGGUUUCAACUUAUUCAAACAGGCAGAACCAAGGUUCAACUUUUUCUUUUCAGGUUUCAACUUAUUCAAACAGUAAAGUACUUGUUUUUUUAUGAAAACGCAUUACUCUCUCGCUACAUUAUUCAGUAUCAGUAUGAAAAAUCAAGUACGAGGUUCACAGUCAUUUUUCACUUUUAAAAGGCAUUGCACCAGAAUUCAUCCCCGGUUAUUAGGCAGAUGUCGAUAUCCUUGACGCGAAACAGAUUCUUUUGCAAAAAGCCCGGCCAGAAGUGACGAAUUAGAAGUUUCCCCAAACAUUUUGUACAUUUUUU